AUUUUACUGCAAAGCCGCCAUUAGUAAAAAAAACAUUGAAUAUUUGUGAAUCCUUUUGUUUGAUUUACUUGAAUAAAAAUACUUUUACCUUUUGUUAAAAUAGUUUCCUUCAGUUUGUUGAACAUUUUAUAUGUAGAAUUGUGUUAUCUUUUGCGUGCAGAAAAUGAAGAAAUCGAAUCACCGUCCGCCGUCGAAGCAAUCCACUUUGGCCAAUCGUUUGACGGAAGCAGCAAGCUACAACCCGAGCUGUAUCUGCAAGCGGCCAAAGACGAAGAUUGUUUGCGAUUUAUGUAACUUUGCGUCGUACGGGCGAGUGCUCCGCCCGUGUGUGGCCCAUCCGAAUGUCUUCUAUUUGAUGGAUUUCCAACAUUGUCCGAAAUGUCGCCAGAGCUAUCGCUUUCUCAAGGAAGUUCCAGAAAACGGCAACCAGAGCGGAUUAACCAAUAUCAAGUUGGGUAAGAGGGUUUAAAGUGGUUUAAGCGUGAAUGAAUUGACACUUAUUUAAUAAAGGCGAAGGUCGCAAAACGUAAAUAACGACUAAGCAUAUUUCUGCUCCCAUCCAACUAUUGCUUGAAAGUGGUAGACCUCCGCGGAUUCUAACAAAUAGUAGUUGGAAACGUAAGGAGUCAAUCUUUCUAAAAUCAGAGAAAGAAGUGAAUGUUUAUGUUUGCGGCUUUCGCCCAUUUUAAAACUACGUACGAUUCUUUUUCAUUUUAAAAAAACAAACUAAAAGUAAAUGUAGUUAACAUCUACCAACAAAAGUGCAUAAAUAGACGACCAGAAAUAUA